UCGGGGAAGGCUGCUCAAGGGAGGUGGGGUCGGCACUGCCCUCUCCGGCGCAGGCUGGGCUUGCCCUCGCGCGGACCCGCCCUCCCAGCCCCCUCCCACCCCAGCAGCCCCCGGCCCCAGGCUCCAUCCUUCCCAGGGGCCCGGGCCUGGGGAGCCCCGGAGGCAGCAGCGAGAGCCGUGGCCCAGGCGGGCCGGGCGACUCUGCAGCCACUUCUGGAACUCCGCGUCCCAGGGCCUAGUGACGCGCCGCCGUCCGGCGCCCUCAUUGGCUGCUUCUUGCCCCGCCCUCCCCAGAAAUCUGCGUCCGCUGCGGAGUUGCCCGGCCCCCGCCGGGCUUUCGGGGCGGGGCCCGGGCAUGCAGGGCACCCCAAAACUGCCCAAGGGGGUCCUGCUGGCCCUGGGCCUGCUCAUUACUAUACUGCUGUACCUGGGACUGCCUAAUCUCCCCCAUCCCCUCAUCUGGACCUGGGACAGCGACAAUGUCACCAUCCUGGCUGGUCUUACACACAGCAACUCUUCAGUCUUCUACCGGGAGGUACAGCCCCUUCACAAGCCCCACAGGAUUGAGGUGGUAUUACUACAUGGGAAGGCCUUUACUUCACACAUCUGGCAGCAGCUGGGGACACUGGAGAAGCUGUCCCGAAGGGGCUACCGGGCCAUUGCUCUAGACCUCCCUGGUUUUGGGAAUUCAUUCCCCUCCCCUGCAGCCAGCACAGAGGCUGGACGGGCAGAUCUCCUGGACAAAGUCCUGAAGGACCUGGAGGUCAAAAACCCGGUGUUGGUCAGCCCCUCCUUGAGUGGCCUCUACUCUCUGCCCUUCCUGAUGCGUCCUCACCAGCAGCUUUAUGGCUUUGUCCCCAUUGCUCCCACCUUCACUGAGAACUAUACACAGAAGCAGUUCUCAGCCAUCAAGACACCCACACUUAUUGUAUAUGGAGCUCUAGACAAAGGCCUGGCCCAGGAGUCUCUGCGGAAGCUUCGAUACCUCCCCAACCAUUCAACAGUGAAGUUGCAGGAUGCUGGCCACGCUUGUUACCUCCACCAGCCCCAUGACUUCCACGACGCCCUGCUGACCUUCCUGGACAAACUGUCAUGAAGUCUGCAUCUCUGUGAUGACCAUUCUGUCUCUGGGUGGAGCAGGGUGGGCCCCGGGAAUCCCAAGAGACUGAGGUAGGGGUCAGCAGACCUUUGCAAGACAAUGUGUUUCUGUUCCCCAGUACCACAGAGGUACACCAGGCAGAAGGCUGGUGGAACAGGGAAUGCCUGGUUGCCCUCUUGGGGCCUUGCCAACCCUCCACUCAUUUGGACUUUAAUAAAUGAACUUUGUCUGCUUC